AUGGACCUAACCGUCUCUAUAUACGCCAACGCAGACAACGUCCACAAAAUGACGAAGGAGGGUAUUCACGUAUGGAACGGCGUGCGCUGGAACCGCCUCGACGAGUAUGAUCGCAUUGUCGGGCUAGAUGGCCGCCUCAUGCUCGCACACUCUGACAGUACCAUCUGGCGCUGGAUCGGCCCCGGCAUCAAAUGGGAGCAGAUUGACAAGAGCUUCGAGAACGCCAGCUUCCAAUCGGAUCCCGACGGCGGUCUCACCAUCAAGAAGGAUCGCAAGAACAAAUAUUACCGCUACCUUGGAGAACCUUUCAAAUGA